AUGGCUGGAGUUCAGAAACAGCCCCGUGCCCCGCUGGAUUGCAUUUGGAAAAAAUUGGAAUUGGCACAAUCCGAAUGUUUUCCAAUUGAACUGUCGGAUCUAGCAGCGAGAGAAGACGUUAAGCCUAUCUCUAGAUUACAUUCCAAGGAUCCUGAGCUACGAGACGGUGUGAUUUGCGUUGGCGGUAGACUUCGUCAUGCUUCAGUUACGUUCGACAGAAAACACCCGAUAGUGUUGGACAGCAGUCACCCCUUAACCAAGCUGAUAAUGGAAGACUAUCAUCAUAAACUCCUCCACGGAGGACCGCAGCUUAUGCUUUCGUGCAUGAAUGAAAGAUUCUGGCCACUUUGUGGGCGAAACCUAGCGAAGAAAGUAGUUCACGAAUGUGUUCCUUGCUUUAGAGCACGACCACGCGUUCACGACCAACUGAUGGGCGAUUUACCGUUGGAACGGGUAACUCCAGCUCCUGCCUUCCUGCGAGUUGGAAUUGACUAUUGCGGUCCAUUCAGCCUCCGUCACACGUCGCGAAAAGCCACUCCGGUUAGGUGUGACUUGUGCUUGUUCAUCUGCUUGGUGGUCAAAGCUGUCCACAUAGAAGUGGUAGCCGAUCUUACGGCCGAACCUUUAUCGCAGCACUAA